AUGGCCGGCGGCGGCGCUACCUGCAGGCGGAGGGGCGGCCCCGGGGCGCGGUACCUGCGGUCGGGCGGCGGCUGCUGCUUCCGCGAGCCUCCUUUGCUCCAAAAUGGCGGCGCUGGGGACGGAUCACGUGAGCCUCGGGCAGGUCAGGUGACCCGAGUGGCGGGCCGCGGGGCGGGGCGAUACGCAGGCCCCGCCCACGGGCAUCCUGGGGCAUUCCGGCUGGGCCGGCGCGGAGAAGUGCCUUUCAGAUCAUGUUUUAAAACCUUCCACGUCUGGCGUUGGGAACGCAGCCGCGGCUUGGUGCUGGAUAGCAAGAGGCAAAGGAAGAAAAGCACAGCACUUCUCCAGACCAAAGGCAAAGGCAGGUGCAUACAACGGCCUCCCACAGAGCAGCGGUGUCAGUGGACGGAGGUGUGUCCAUGGCCCUCGUGGGCUGCCCAGCGCUGUGUGGGUAUCCCCAUUGCUCACGCCAUCCCCAGCUUCCUAUUUCUCUUGCAACUGGGAUAUCAGGAGAGGCUUUGCAUCGAACUGUCUGCCCAGGGGACGGUGGUAUGGAGCACAGAGUCAUUUCACGGUGCUGCAGUCUCACAAUCAUGGGUGCCCACCCCUCCUGCUCUGUGCUUCCCAUGUGGCCCCUAUGAGCACCUGCCUCCAUGCCACAGCCACAUCGUGCUAAGGCGGAGUUACAAGGGGCAACCACAAGUUCACGUGCAGGACCCAGAAUGGCCCAUGGCCAAGGAUUGUCUGCGCGGGAGGAAGAAGGCCGAGCUCUUCGCCUAGGAAGGGCAGCACAAACUUCAAGGUAUAAUUUAUGAUUUAACAAAUGCUAGUCUAAAUAAUUGAGACCAUGUUUG